CAAUAACUUUCGCCUCAAAAUGGAGAAUUGUAGUCACGUGGAGGCCUUAACCAAUUGAAAAAUGGACUAACCAUUGUCGCCACUGUGAUGUAUACAGCCACUGUAGCUAUUGCCAAUAUAAAUAUAGAUGCAUUCAUUUCGGACGGCUUUUGAGCUGCAAAAUUUUUGGUGUAACAUUGAGAAACAAAAAACGGAAUGCGUCUAAUCAUCACAGAAACCAUAUUACCAAAGCUACCAGUUCCUCCAUUAGAAGAUACGAUGCGAAAAUACCUCAAUACGUUACGUCCUUUACUCAACGAACAUGAACACGAACAAGUUAAGAAAAUUGUGGAUACAUUUGCUGGCGAUGGAGGUCUGGGAAGAAAAUUGCAGCUGUAUUUAUUGAAACGAAGAGAGAACAUGGAUAAUUGGGCUUAUGAGUACUGGUUGAACGACAUGUAUCUCAACUACAGAGAGCCGAUUGUAAUUAACUCCAAUCCAGGAAUGGUGUUUACACCCAGAAAAUUUACAACGAUUCUGGAUGUUGCUCGAUUCACAGCUCGACUCAUAGAUGCGGCUCUAACUCACAAAGACAUCCUCAAUAGGAAUGCCUUGCCCAUAGAAAGAGCAACGUCCCGUGAACCUGGCCAGGCACUUUGCAUGACUCAAUACUAUCGAAUUUUGGGCUGCUGUAGAAUUCCGGGACGCAAUAGAGAUUCUCAGUAUAUAACCGAACUGAAGAAAGAGUUUAGUCAAACGAGCGAACAUAUUAUAGUGUUAUGCAGAAAUCAGCAAUAUUGUGUUCCGAUUCAAGCUGGUGAUAGAGGACGAUUGAACGAGGAUGAAAUUUGUGCUCAACUUUUGUAUAUUCUGGACGACGCUCCUUUGCAAAGUAAUAUUGCACCUGUUGGAAUUUUAACUGGUUGGAAACGUUCACUAUGGGCUGAUGCUAGAGAGGAUCUAAUGAAAGAGGAGCGAAACCGCAGAAAUUUGGAGCUGAUCACCAAGAGCCUCCUGAUAGUCUGUCUGGAUGAAACUCUUCCAAGCUCCUUUAAUUGCAGGCUGCAAAAAGGGGGAGCAGGAUUUACAGUUGUAAAUAGAGACGAAAGCAACCUAGCGCACCAAAUGAUUCACGGCGGAGGCUCUCAACAUAAUUCAGCAAACCGAUGGUUCGACAAAACAGUUCAGCUUGUAGUUUCAGGUGAUGGUGCCUGCGGCUUAUGCUAUGAGCAUUCUAUGGCAGAAGGAGUUGCAGUGAUUCAAUUAGUGGAAAGUUUAUGGAAACAUGCCGAAUCUUUGCCACCAACGUCCGAAGUCCCAUCUACAGGAGGAAGCCACUUGCCACCACCAGAAAGACUGGAAUGGAUUUUGGAAGCUACAGACUUGAAACGAAUUGAGCAAGCAGCAGAAGUGGUGGAUAAUUUAGUUAAAGAUCUAGAUUUUCAGGUUUUUCGAUAUACUGGGUAUGGUAAAGAUUUUAUAAAAUCGUGCAAAGUAAGCCCAGAUGUCUAUAUCCAACUGGCCCUGCAACUUGCCUACUACAAGCUUUAUGGAAAGUUAACUGCGACGUAUGAAAGCGCUAGCACCAGAAGAUUUUUGCUUGGUCGAGUUGACUGUAUUAGAUCGGCCUCACCUGAAGCUUUGAAAUGGGUCACGGCUAUGUCACAGCCCAAAGAAGAAACUGAUUAUGAUAUUGGAAAUAAAAAGGUAACGUUUCAUUUGGUCAGCGAUGACCAAAAGUAUGAGCUCUGGAAGGAAGCAGUAAAAACACAAACCAAGGAAAUGGUGGACAAUAUUCUAGGACAAGGAAUUGAUAUUCAUCUUCUCGGUCUUCGAGAAGCUGCUAAGGAAACUUCCCCCACAGCUGCAAGCUCACUGCCAGAAAUCUUCACGGAUCCCUCUUACAGACUAGCCAAUAAAUUCUUACUAUCAACAAGUCAAAUAGCAACAAGUUCGAAUUCGUUCAUGGGUUAUGGCCCAGUUGAAGCAGAUGGAUACGGAGUCUCGUACAACCUUAAAAGUGACCAUAUAAUUUUCUGCUUAUCAGCAUUUUGGACAUCGGAGGUAACCAGCACCAGCAGAUUUGCACAAUCUUUAGAAGAAAGUUUACAUUCCAUGCAGGUUUUACUAAAUAGACCCAAUGGAACUUAGGGGAUGUAAAGUAACUGAUGGGUUUAUUCAGAAAGCUGCUAAAUGUGAAUAUUAAGUUUGAAAAGAAAUUUUCAGCUAAAUAGUUGGAGACAACAAUGUCAUUAUUUAUGUGUUAAUAGGUUGAUUACAUUUGAUUGUUACAGGAUUUAUCAGCUAAAAUUGCAGCCAAAAAGUAGUUUUGAGGUGUACAAAUAGUAACAUCACUAUGCAUACACAGAUGCGGCGAACUUAAAACUUUAAAUAUCUCAAUAAGGAAUGAUUUUAGAAUAUUCUAUCAAGAGUCCAUUAAGAAAAAACACGAAUCCGAACAUAAAUAAGUGUUUAUAACUGAGCAGUAAAAAACAUCCCAUUUUAAAGAUGAUCUGCAUAUGCUUUACUAUUCAAUGUGGACAGAAAGAUGAAUCAAGUUUAUUUUGCGAAAAUAUUGGCUUAGUCGCGAGAGAAGUAAGUAUAGACCUUGUCACAAAGGGUAGUUUUUAUUGAACAAAUGAUUUUACAAAUGAAUUAUUUGAUUAACAACUCGUUUAAAGUAAUAACUAAGUAUUUUCUAUAAACACCCGUUAUUUUCAAAGCAAGUUUAAUACGUGGUCGCCCCUUUAAAUUUUACAUUUUAUUGCGGUAAGUUGCAACGUAAUACAAUUUUCCAAAUGAAGAAAGCAUUAUCACGAAAUAAUUCAAAAGCAUCACUUGACUGCAUAGUAAAGUAUUACAAUUUUUUUGGUAUUAUUCAUAUUUGGGGGCUUACUGAACUCUUUCAACAUUUUACUAUAUUGUUCACUUGAUAUAAGAAAGUUAGUUGUUAUGGUUUUUUAAAGAAAUAAAACGUUAUUUCAAAGUUUGUUAAAUUUGCAUUUGCUAUAUGAUUAUUGUUAGAUUUUAUGACGUAACAUUAGAUUGUAACAUUAUUACGCUUAUUUUUGGUAUUUUUCUGUGAUUUUUCCUAGUGUCGAUAACUAUAAAAGAUUUAUUUACAAUGUUUAGUACUCACAUACGUAUAUGGAGAAUUUGUUGAUCUUAUUUAUGUAUUAUUAGGCUUAGGUUCUAGGAUUAGGAUUGUACCGAUUUAGGAAACGAAACUAAACAUAUCAUUUUGAGCUGUAUAAACAAUAACAUAUAGUAUGUUAUAAUUUAGAUAAAUAUAAAGCCUGUAUUUUAAAGGUAUAUUACUCAAUUAUCAAAUUUUGUAAAUUAUGUAAAAUGUUGGGACGAAAAAAUUUCAAAUCUUCAACAGGCAAAAUUAACCCUCGCCAAUUAAAAUUGAAAAUUAGUCAAUAAUUUGUCGCCUAAACUUCAACAUUUCAUAUAGCUUACCAUUGAUAGACAUCAUAUACAUAUCAGAUAUUGUCAAUAGUGUGAUGAAUAUAAACAUAUCUAAAGCUUAAAGACGGAUAUUUACAUAUAGUUUAAAUAGACCUUCUUAUAUAAGAAGUAACAGUUUAGAACGAAGAUUUACAUUGGUAAUUAUUGCUUCGAAGAUAUUGAAAUAUACAGGGUGUUAAAUAAUAUUAUGCCCAAACGCAAGGGGGUGCAUCUGUAGAUUAUGAACUUCAUUAUCUAGCAACAAAGGAAAAGUAUGUGUUGUUCAAAGGACACGAAGUAAUUGUCAGCGUUUACAGAAUUAUAUUUUUUAAACUAUUAAUUAUCGACUAAUUAAUUUCUUAAUUUAUUUGCUGAUUGACUUUGGUUUUAAUGGGAAAGCUUUUCAAACUACAACUUGAACUUAAUUAAAUAGUUAAGAAAUCAUCGUUAAAAUAUCUGUACCAUACAAUUCGAAAAUUGUUCUUAAGGUAAAAGCCCGGAAAAUUAACCAUUAUACUCACACUGGAAAAACCUCAGACAUUACGGAAACUUGUAACGAAAGCUUUGUGAAUGCACAUUGGAAUAAAAUGUGUUUGUUCUAAAAUCAAACUCAGAUCUACUUCACGCCAUCUUGCCAUUAUGUAACACUCUGUAUAUUAAUUUUUAGACAUUUAAGUAUAGAUUACGAAAGCUGUGACCCAAAGUCCAUGAAUAAGCAGUAUUUAGAAGUAAGUUCCGAUUGAAACCUAUUAUAUCAUUGCAACGUAUAUCUAAAUUAAUACUUAUAAAUAAUCAAUUCUAGUCAAUGUUAUAGACUGUAUAUAGUGUUAGAAUUGUCGUGUAUUAGCAAUAUGAAAACUGUAAACCAUAUUUUGUAGAAUUACUUUCAAUAAUAAUAUAAUAGUUUAAUUAUUUAUGUAAAUAACAAAAUAUGAUAUCGGACUGUCACGCAAAUUACAUUAAUUAAAAAAGCUAGAAUCUAUUGAGUUAACCUCGUGGAAGAACGGUUUAGUCAAGUAAUUAUCAAUAUUUAGUAGGUAUUUUUCAAAUGUAUAGAUUUAUUUUUAUUAAGGUAAAUAGAUUAUUUCAGAACACCUAACAGUCAAAUAAGAAGUUCCUCAACGUUUAAUGUUAUUAGGUUUCUAAUUUUUUUAAAAGGAUAAGUUGGAUAAACCUUAAGCAAACACGUAAUUAAACGUAAAAAGUGUAUUUUAAUAUCAAAUGUUCGUGACAAACAAAUUUUUUAAAUGUUUUUGUUUCAAUACU